AUGUAUGGGUUGCCGAAAGUACAUAAAAAGGAUACACCAUUAAGACCUGUUUUAUCUGCUAUAAACACAUUUAACUAUGGAUUAGGGAAAGAGUUAACCAACAUCUUAUCAGAAUUGCCUCAAAAUUCUCAUACUGUCAAAGACACUUUUGAGUUUGUUAGAACAUUUAAAACCAAUGAACUACUAUCUACGGGUAAUAUUAUGGUUUCUUUUGAUUUGCUCGAUGAGGAAUUUGAGAAAAUUAGGGAAAUUGCUGGUCACAACGGUUAUCCCAAUUGGUAUGUAGAUAAAAUAGUUUGGGAAAAAUUGAAUCAGUAUUACACACCAAAAGUACGUGAGCCUACUGUAUUAAGAGGACGUGUGGUCUCGAAGGUACCAUUUUAUGGACAAGCAAGUUUAGUUUACGGGAGACGUGUAUCAGCAGCAGUUCGAAAUAAUUUUCCCUUGAAAGAAGUAAAGAUCGUGUAUGUGCCUGAGAAGUUAGGUAAGUGCUUUAAUACAAAAGAUAGAGUACCUACUCCACUUGAAUCGGGAAUUGUUUAUAAAGUCACUUGCCCCGUAUGUAAUGAAUUUUACAUUGGAAAAACGUACCGACAAUUUUGUAAAAGAACAGAAGAACAUUUAAGUGAUCAAGCAAAACUUAUCGGAAUCUUUGAACCCACACUCAUAACCCCGUCUCUUAAGGCAGUAAAACAUAAUAUCCUUACACUAAGUGGAAAAGUGUCUAAAAUGAAAAAGUCUUCUGGCAACACUAGUUGCUUUACACAACGAAUAACCGAGUCACGUUGUGUUACCCGAUCACAAACAGGCUGUUCACCCAGAUUUCGGACAACCUCAACCCUCGAACUAAGUUUAAUUGAGGAAACUGUUGAGCAACUCUGCUGUAAAAGUAAUAAUAAAAGAAAAUGUAACUCAGUUUAUGUUGCAAAAUCAGCUAUCGGCAAGCACUACUCUAAUACUGGACAUGUGAUUACAGGUAAUAACUUUGAAAUUGUUUUCAGCUAUUAUAGUAUGAGAAAAACAAAGGUAUAAGUUGCUGGUUAAGGAGUCGUUAGUCAUUCGG